UGAUACUGUAUUUACAGGACAUCAGUUGAGGACAUAAAGUGUCUGAGAUUGAUAACUGCCAUUAAAACUCCUUACCUGCCUGAUGGCCGAUUUGAUCUUGAAGCAUAUGAUGACUUGGUGAAUAUGCAGAUUGAAAAUGGUGUUGAAGGUAUUAUUGUUGGUGGCACAACUGGUGAAGGUCAAUUAAUGAGCUGGGAUGAACAUAUAAUGCUUAUUGGGCACACAGUCAACUGUUUUGGUGGAAAAAUUAAGGUUAUUGGAAACACUGGAAGCAACUCGACCAGGGAAGCAAUUCAUGCCUCUGAGCAAGGUUUUGCUGUUGGAAUGCAUGCUGCUCUUCAUAUAAAUCCUUAUUAUGGUAAAACAUCUGUUGCUGGUAUGAUUUCUCACUUCAGUAGUGUGCUUUCCAUGGGGCCCACCAUCAUAUAUAAUGUGCCUUCGCGAACCGGUCAAGAUAUCCCUCCACCUGUGAUUCAAACCUUGGUGAUGCAAAGCUCAAACUUCGCAGGCAUCAAGGAGUGUGUAGGAAACGACCGGGUCAAACUUUAUACUGGGAAAAAUAUUGUUGUGUGGAGUGGGAAUGAUGAUGAGUGUCAUGACUCUAGAUGGGACCUUGGGGCUACUGGAGUUAUCUCUGUUGCAAGCAACCUAAUUCCUGGCUUAAUGCAUGAACUCAUGUUUGGUGGCAAGAAUCCAAAUCUGACCGCGAAGGUCUUGCCUUUGAUCCGCUGGCUAUUCAAGGAACCAAAUCCCAUUGGUUUGAACACUGCUCUUGCUCAACUUGGAGUUAUCAGGCCAGUUUUCAGGCUACCAUAUGUUCCCCUCCCUGUGGAGGAAAGGCAAGCAUUUGUCAGAUUGGUGAAUCAAAUUGGCCGAGAGCAUUUUAUUGGAGAUAAAAUGCUUGAGGUUCUUAAUGACGACGACUUUAUUUUGGUUGGUCGAUAUUAAUUUAGGCUGCCUUAGACUUGCUAUCACUAGUGUGAAAUCUGGCAUCCUACUUGGGGGUUUUCCAUAGUUCAAGGCCAGAUGAUCAUGAUGUAAAACUUAGAUUUGCACAUCAUAUUUUAUUAAGAGCAUAAAUGACGUGACCUUGUGGAGUUUCUAUUGAACCUGGUCUUGCAUGUUAUGUAAUUAUAAUUAUGAAUUAGAAAAGAUUUAAAUGGGAUAAAUAGGAUUUAAAUGAUAUUAGUAGGAUUUGAAUUGAAUUUUAA